GGUUGCUUAGCAACAGAAAUCAACAGCGCUGAUCCGCCGUGUUCUUCGUGAGAGGAUUCACUAACUAUCACUAUAACUAUACACCCGCUGUUCAACACGCAUGAUGGAGGAGACAGGACAGGGAGCGGAGGACCCUGCUGACUCUCUUGAGGAGUUCCAGAUGGUUCUCGGUGAGCUGGUUGGGGACGAGAGCAUGGACAGGAUCAGGGUGGAGUACGAGAAGCUGAUCCAGGCUCUGAAGAAGUCGCGGGAGAAUGAGAGGAGGCUGAUGUCCAAAUGCAGGGAGCUGAAUGGUGAGAUUGUGUCCAGCUCAACUAAAGUCGUAGCUGCCCUCAAACUGUCCCAAGAAGAUGAGUCAACUAUCAACUUACUAAAGAGGGAGCUGGAAAAAGCUUGGGAAAUGAUCAAGGCUACUCAUGAUCAAGAGAAGAAGGAUAACAAGAUCAUCAGGAAACUAAAAGACGACAUAGAGGAUCUAACUACACAAACGGACAAACAAAAAGGCUUCCCUACACAGCAGGAGCAGAAUGAUCUACUAAAAAUGAACGAGGAGUUGACGAAGGAUCGGAAUCAGCUGCUGACAUCUGUGGAGGGCCUGAGAGAAAAAUUAAACAAGGCCACGGUCACCCAGCAGGAGAUAGAGGCUCAAAGACAGAGUGCUAUAGAGAACUUGUCUCAGCUCCAGCAGGAGCUCCUGGUACAACAGAAUGAGAUUUCCCGCGAAGUGAGGCUGAAGGAGAAGCAGGAUAAGGAGAUAAAGCUGCUGCAUGUCGACUUGGAGGCCAAGACGGCCAACAUCAAAGCUCUAAAUCUACAGGGUCAAAGAUCAAAAGAGGAGCAGCUGAGACUGGAGCAGCAGCUGAAAGAGCUAAAGAUCCUGAAUGAGCGAUCUACCAAGGAGCUGGAGCAGGUGCAGCUGAGGAACGCCAAGCUGCAGCAGGAGUGUGAGAAGCUCUCGUCACUCAAAGACCAUCUCUCGUUGUCUAAUCUGCAGAACUCAAAUGAGCUCAAGAUGAGAGACGAGGAGGUGAGUCAGUUGCGUCAGGCGAUUGCCAAACAGACAAAGAUGAGAGAAACCAUCCAGAAGAACUUAAACCAAAUGGAGGAACAGAAAGCUGACGUGGAAGUGCAGAGGGAGACACUGACAGCUCAGAUCGCUGGGCUGGAGAAAGAACUUGAAUCUUCCAAAAAGCAAGUCGAAGCUGACAAGAAAGGCACAGAUGAGCUGAUCCGAGAGAGAGACAUCAUAAAUAAGAACAUGAUUAAAGCUGCACAUUCGACUGAGAGACAGCAGAAGCUAGUGAAGCUCCUCGAGCAGGACAAGAUGACCCUGGAACAUGAGAUCAAUGGAUACCGCCAGGAGGGCCAUAAACAGCGCAAGAUCAUCCAGCAGCUGGAAAAAGAGCGAGACCGCUACAUCAAUGAGACCAGCAACCUCACGCAGAAGGUGCAACAAAAAAUGGCUGAUGUUGAAGUGAGAGAGGUGGAGAUAUUUGAUUGGAAGAAGAAGGUUACUGAGGCAGAGUACAAGCUCAAGCAGAAAGAGAACCUGCUGGAUUCUGUUGUGACUGAAAGGAACCUCUACAGCAAAAACCUCACAGAGGCUCAGGAAGAGAUUGGAGAGAACAAGGGGAAGAUGAAGACCAUGAGCAACCAUAUUGAACGGCUGAAAGACGAGAUCACAGGGAAGGAGCUGGCCCUGGCCAAAGAUCUCGCGGAGCAAAGGCGCUUAGAGAAGGAUAACGACUCCCUCAAGGUAGAGCUGAAGAUGAUUAAGCUGCAGCUUGAAGAAACAAAGCAGAAGGUUGAAAGUCAAAAAACAGAGGAGCUAAAACUGCAGAAGACAUUCGCCGAUGCUGAGGCUGACCAAGUCCAGCAGAAGAAACAGCUGGACCAGGUGAUCAGAGAGCGGGACAGCCUGGGGAAACAGCUGCUACGACGCAACGAGGAGCGCGCCCUGCUGUAUGAGAAGAUCAGGAUCCAGCAAUCCAUCCUCAGCAAGGGCGACUUCCACUACAACCAGUGCAUGGACGACGUCCGUCUGCUCAACCUGGAGAUCAAGAGGCUCCGGCGCAAGAAGACCAUCAUGGACAAGACAGUCCCCCACACUAAGGACCUGAGGCGAGAGCUGUUCCACCUGCAGGGGGAGCUGCUCAGAGAGAGGAUGAGAAACGGCGUCCUCGAGGAACAGCUAAAGCCCAUAAAUAUUCACAGAUGGAGGCGACUGGAGGGCAGUGACCCCGGCAAAUAUGAACUCAUCCAGAAGAUUCAGGCCUUACAGAAGAGACUUAUUGCCAAGUCACAAGAGCUUGAGGAACACGAACUCCUACUACAGGAAAAGGAGAAGCUGUAUGUGGAGCUGAAGCAAAUCAUGGCUCGUCAUCCUGGUCCAGAGGCGGCUGAGCAGCUCCAGCAGUGUCAGUGGCUCCUCAGAGAGAGAACCACCAAGCUCAAGGUGCUGAUAGCAGAGCUGAAGAUGCUCGACUCCAAGAUGAACGAGUACAAAAGUGAGAAUCAGAGAUUGGACAAUGAGCUUGCAAACAUCAAGAAGAAGUACCUGAGUCAAAAGAAGCUCCAGAGUGAGCAGAGGACCUUGGCCAAGGUGGAGCAGCUGGAACGUCUGCCCCAGCUGAGCAGCAAACCUCACUAUACUGGAGGAGGCUUCAGGACUGACAACCCUGUGAGAAGAUGAGCGAUAAUGUUACAGUUUAUUUCGUAAUUAAUCUAUUUAAACCUUUUUAAUAAUUUAAAAUGAUAAUUUUUUUUUCAAUAAAAGUGUAGUUAAGUAUUAGUGUAAAGCAACCAAAACCUUUCUGAACCAGAUAUUCAAAAUAUAGAAAGAUUGAAGAACGCAUUGAGCCUCAGUUAUGUUCUUGUUAUGUAAUACGUUGUUCAUGCCUGUGUCACACCCUGAGGAGAUUUCCAUUACUUUAGUUACUGCAUGUAUUUGACUUUAUAUAUGGUGCAGAUACUAAUGUUUGACACAGUGUAUCUUCAACAAUCCAAACAGAGUAUAAAUAGCUCUGUUAAGCAUAAGAUAAGCGUGAUUUAUCCUUCUAUCUUACAUCUUAAAUAAAUAAUCUCUAGAAACCAGUUCAUUCAUUGAGGCUUAACCGGACUUUGCAGGCUUGGAGAAACUUGUAAAAUGUUUUUUUAAACAGAAAAACAACUUUCAGCACUCUUUACGCUGUUCAAAUAUGGACAAGUAUCACAAUAUGCAGCCAAAUAGAUUGCAAGGGAUCAUCAAAUGAAGCAUGUACACCUUCUCUUGCUCAUUUAUUUAUGGGCCAACUGGAAAGUUUGCUAAAUGCAUAACUCAUAUUAUUUCAAGCUACUACAAAAAUUAGAGUUAAUAGCUUUAAAGUGCAAUAACACAAUAUGAGGCCUCUCACAUUAUUUGUAAAAAUGUAUGUAACAUUGUUUCCUCUGCCCUGAUGGAGUCCUCAGGUAAAACAAGCUCAGAUUUAGCAUAAUGUUGAUUGAAUAAAGAAGACAUUAUAAAGUCAGUUCACCAAAGACACAGCAGCAAAACUAAUACCACUAAGAAGUCUUAGUUCAAACACUCAAUUUCUUAACUCAAAAGGAACUCCAGCACAGUUCCUGAGUAUAAAAGUAAAGAAUUGAGAAAAUACAACACACUGAGAAGAGCAAGUCUCAGCUUUAUUUUCAGUUUUUUUUCAUCAGUGUCUAUUUAAAUACAAAAACAUAUAUGGAGAAACCAUUGAGAUACUGCACACAGAAUACAUCAUCUACCAUAAUACUUCAGUGAUGAAGAGAAAAAAUAAAUGUUGUCUGUAGGGACAAAAAAAAGUCUGCGGAAAACUGGCAUUACAUUUUUUUCACUUAAGGUUAAGGCAGGUUCAAUGAGAUAAUGUGAUAUCAAAAUAUAAUAUAUUGUAUUAAAAUAAUAUCAUAUUCAUAUUUUGUCACUAAAGGAGAGAUAUCCUGUGGCAGGAUUUCAACUUGUUGGUUGAGCAGGUUUUUGACUUGGCGACACCACUAGAUAUCAGCAGAAUACAGUCAAAAUACAAACUGUACAUGUCUAGUUAUUCUGUACUUGGAUGGAAAUGUGUGUUUUAACAUUUACCUUUUGUUUUUUACGUUAAUGCAUUUCUAUACAUAUUCUGUUGUGGUAUAAUGAUUAAUUUCAUACAGCAUGUACACAUUUUCAGCAUAGUAGAACCCAUUAUGGCAAAAAUUAUGUAACAAUUAUAAAACGACUUGGAGAUCACACAACUGUAGUUGACAAAUACAAAGAUAAAAAGUGUUACAGAUGAGAAACAGUAAAAAAGCAAAAUCAAAUAAAACAAUGUAAAGUGCUCAAGAUCAGAACAACGUGUCUUUAAGAGAGAUUUUAAAGAGGAUCCAGAGAUGCCAGAUGAAUCUCCUCAGGGAGAUUGUUCACAAGAGUGGAGUCCUGACAGAAAAGGCCCAGUCACACUUGGUCUCAAGCAGUGUACUUAGGUGCAAGUCUAAAAAUGGGCCUUAGUCAGCAAUCCAAUUCUAAAAUCAUUUCUAAAACUUUAUUUGAAGACAGUCAAGACAAGCGAAAAUCUGAGUAAUAUUCUCUAUUACUAGAUAUGUUGAAAAGUCUGCUGCCUUGUAAACGAGCUGUAACUCCACUGUGACUCGUGGGAAUUGCAAUAAUCUACAUCAGAGGUAAUGAAGGCACACUGGACGAAUGUGUAACUACUUCACUUCAAUCAAAGCACAUAAAGCAUGCCAUGCAAGUGCAAACAACAAAAAGUUCUAGAGAUUUUAAAUACUUUGCCAUAGUUUGGUCUUGUUCAGGCCUGACGCUUUCUCACUAGUGAUUAGCAGUAAAACUCUGGUGUGUGGACAACGCUGAGAUUUAUUCUUAUUCCACCCUGUUGCUUUCUUUGCCAGUACAAUUACAUCAUAACCAUGGCAACCGGCGUCUAUGCAGUGCUGGCCUGUGUGAGCUAGGUUGCUGUAGCAAUGGGAGGCCUCUCUAGCAGGCCACAUCUCCUUUCUUCCUUUUCUUUCUCUCUCUCGCUGUGUGAGGACGAAGCAGCAGCUCAAACCCACACUGGAUGCUAGUGUGUGUGUGUGAUUGUGUGCUGGAUGAGAUAUGGUGCAGUAAGUACAGUGUAGUCUUAGAUUCAUUCGUCAUUGUGUCAAACCAAGCAGGUGGGAGCGGCUCCUCCUGUGUGCUGACACCUUGGGCUUGCUAAAAUAUGAAUGGAGCCUGUUGUGUGAAGACCACAACAUAUUUGAUCCAUUGAUGAUUUUCAGGUAUGUGCUGAUCACCAGCUUGGGUUCACUAGAGUUCUUACUCCGGAGGCCGAGUUGUGAAUCCUGCCUGGACCUCCAGCUGCAUGGCUCACUCACCUGACUUUCAGCCUAAAUACUUAAGUGCCAUAAACAUAAUCAUCAUAAUAAUCACCAGCUCGGAAUUUAGUGGAGUUGUUUUGCUACAGGAAAAAGUGUGAAUUCUCAAUUCCCUCUAAUUAGGCUGUGAGAAGCUAAACCUGAUCAACUCAGAGACGUGGCUGUCCCAGUGCACUGCGGGUGUGAUGAUAACAUGAGAGCUGUUCCGUGUUUGCAUGUGUUAAAGCUGAGGAUUUCAGACAGCAAGUCAAAACCCUGAUCACAGAUUGAGAGCAGGGAUUAUAACAGAUUUUCAAACACAGACUUAUGAAGGCACAAAUUCAUGAUUACAUGGAUCUGUUUUCAUAAAAUUUGUUGGAUGAGGAUGACAUUUCAUUUCAUUUAAAACUGUGAGGGGUUCCGAAUUUUUGCGUGGGUUUAAUUUUCGGUUCUGAUUGUGAAUUAUAUUUCUAUAAUAUCUGUGAAUACACUUGUUCUAUUCAUUGAUUUCAAGGAGGGCAGCACUGGGGAAUGAAUGAAAUAUUGAUGAAGUGGCGUUUUAUCUGUUCAAAUCAGGAGUUAUCAGAACUCAACUCUGUAUAAUAAAAGUGGCAGAGAACUGAAACUUCUUCAUAUUCUUAUUAUCAAUGCCUCGACACUUAACAAAGAAGUCACAAACCACAUACAGAAUGAAUUUAAUCAUUAAUACAAAACCUCAUAGAUUAGAACAGGAUUUUGUUUAAUAGUAUAUGAACCUCACAUAUUACUAAUAUACUGAUAUUAUUCAUCUUUAAGAAUUCAGUGUUUGGAUUUUUGUUUUGUAGUGCAGCCAAACAACACUCAUUUAAUGUGGUACUGUUCAGAUAUACGAUUCUGGUCAAUCUAUUAAUCUCACAAAGAAUGAGACAAUCUUCAGUCUUCAAAUCUUAACGGAUCUAAAUAUUUUGAUCUCAUCUCUGUAUCUUGUUUUGCUCAGUAUUUUUAUUCUGCUAUUUAUUUCAACAUUGUUAAGCUUGACAGACUUAUAUAUCCUCCUACGCUUAGAUUAAACUGGGAUUUGUUGUG